AUGGAGAAGUUGGUGAGGAUUACAGCUUGGGUGAAGAAGUCGAUCAUGAAGUUUAGAAAGAUUUCUAAUAAAGGAAAUACAUUGACCACUAAAGAAAUAAUAGAAGCUGAGAGUCAUUUGAUAAGAUUAGAACAGAAGAUCUUUUUUAAAGAAGAUUACGAAUCCUUGAAGAAUGGAGAACCGAUUCAAAAAGACUCUGAUUUGUUUAACUUUUUGCCAUUCAUGGAUGAAAAUGAAAUUAUCAGACUAGGAGGAAGAUUAGAAUUUGCUGAAUUAUCUACAGAAGAAAAACAUCCUAUUAUUCUUCCAAAACGGUCCUGGCUGACAUUUUUAAUCACAAGAAGAGAACAUGAGAAAAUGAUGCACGGUGGAACAGUUUGCACUUUAGCUCGAAUUCAGCAACGUUUCUGGAUUCCAAAGGGACGGCAAUUAGUCAGUGUAAUCAAAAAGUGUCUAAUCUGCCAAAAAUAUCUUUCGAAGGCUGCUAAUCAAAUUACAGCUGCGUUGCCGCUUGACAGAAGUAACACCUCGCCUCCAUUCUCAGUUUGCGGAUUGGAUUUUGCGGGUCCAAUUUAUGUGAAAAGUUCUACAGAAGUUCGAAAAUCUUAUAUAGUUUUGUUUAUAUGUGCGAUUACUAGAUCAAUUCACCUUGAACUCGUUAGCGUUAUGACUACAGAUUCCUUCUUAUUGGCACUUCGAAGAUUUUUAGCUAGAAGAGGAAACUGUAAAGUAAGAUAUUCGGAUAACGCGAAAACCUUUAAAAGGGCAAAAAAAGAAAUAGAAGACUUAUCAAAAAUUAUCUCUGACAAAUUACUUUCGCAAUUUCUGACUAAAGAAAGAAUAGUUUGGAAAAAUAUAGUUGAAAGAGCUGCUUGGUGGGGAGGUUUUUACGAGCGACUUGUGAAAUCAGUCAAAGAUUGCCUGCGGAAAAUUGUAGGGAAAACCUUAUUAAAUUUUGAAGAAAUGUCUACAUUGCUUACAGAAAUAGAAACCGUCCUCAACUUGCGACCUCUAACUUACGUCUACAAUGAAAAUAGUGAACCUUUGCCUUUGACACCAAUGCACUUCCUAAAUUUUGGUCGAGAACCUCAAUAUCCUAUCAAUUUCGCUGAAAUUGUAGAAAAUGAAUCGAAAAGAUCUUCACUUUGGAAACUCGGAAAAAUUGAAAGAGCGUUUCUCGGACGGGAUAAUAACGUACGCUCAUACGAAGUUAAAACUGCUUCUGGACUUUUGCGGAGAACGAUACAACACUUGUAUCCCUUGGAACUUUGA